AUGCUAAAUAUCACAAAUGGUAGAUGUGUUCGACGGAUUGCGAUGUUCGUGCCGGAGUCUAGUACACCGCUGCAGAAAUUCAUCGGUUGGAUCACCGGGAAACGAGCUGAAUUCAUCGAUCCACGAAUUGUGGCUUCGUCAGAUGGACGACACGUGACUCGAGUGCGCAGUCAAGGCUUUAUCAGUGUUACGAUGAAUGUUGUCUUAAAAGAUCUGAAAAAAUAUGGAUAUGAUGUGGUGCCUUCAUCCAUCUCUAAUGUAUCGGAAUUUCCACUGCCAAAAUUCGAUGAUGUUUCUAGGGUUACCGAUAAGGUCAGAUACUAA